GGAUAAUUCUAUGGGUACACCGGAUAUGUACACCGGAUGUACCCCAUAUACUCCAUACCCCCCACGAAAUCCCCUCCCCCAUCCCAAAAAAUAAAAUUUCUCUCUCUUUCUUUUGGUUUCACCCCUUAUCUCAACCGCCGCUUCUUCCGUCCCUGCACCUUCCCUGUCCCUGCACCUUCUCAAUUUUCUCUCUCACAACAUCAUCGCCGGUGAUUGUCUCUCGCAACAUCAUCAACUUCCAGUUCCGGUGUCUGUGGCGUCAUGGUACUUGCAUUUGCGGAACACUUGAUGGCUCGCUUGCCACUACUAUCAAGUUGUAAACACGAUCAUUUCCAAGACUUCCGCAACGAAUUCACUGUUCGCUUGUGGCGUUUGAGGAAAGGGAAUGUACCUAAACAUUGUCCUUAAAAUCAAUGAAUUCAAGGGAAUAAACCCUAAACGCAGUCUGCGACAGUGUGUUUGCCUCUGCCGAAUGUUUCAAUAAUGAUCACAGAGCUUUUCCUCAUCUGGGAAUUGUUUCAAUAAUGAUCACAGAGCUUUUCAAGAAGCGAUUGAGCAUUUUGUACUCGAGCUGGAGAACCGAUAAAGAUAUAUGGACAGAUUCUAAUAUCUUAGUUAUCUGCACAAGAUCGCAGACCUCCAAUUUGAGAUCGUCCCAAGCGUUUCUAUGGCUAUUCGGUCAAGAUCUCGAUGAUACAGCGGUUGUCUUCACACCGUAUUCGAUUUUCUUUCUCUGCACGCAGACGAGCUUCUCUUUUAUGCGUACUUUGGUAGGCUGCGCUUCAGCGCUGAUGAAAGUCCCCAUCUCUGUUGAACUUAUGCGGAAAAGCGAUGAAGCGCCUUUCAAACUGGGAAAGAUUGUUCGCAGUGUGAGAGCACGUCUUAUCUCUGGCGAUCUUAAUCGCCCUUUAACUGUUGGAUUUAUUGACAAUGAGAUUCCAAAGUUGGAGUUUUUGGUGAACGAUUAUGCCAAAUAUAGGAUUGUGAAUGUGGGUUCUGGGGUAGCAAAUGUAAUCUCUGAUUGUGAUCAUGGCGCUGGUGAAGUUCAUAAUUCAGUUUUGGCUGAUGAUAUGCAAUAUAAGCGAGGGAUCAAAAGGUCUAUAACUGACAGAAUGGAUGCCCUGAAGUUGACAGAUGAUCCAUUGGAGGAAAGUUUGGGAAAACCAGAGAACCCUAAUCAAAAUGCUCUGUUCCAGCAUUUUGAGAAUAUGGCGUUAGCUUUAGGGCCGAGUGAGACUAGCUGUGAGAAAAGUAAUGAUUUAAAAAUCACAUUAAAUACUUUGGAGAAGUUAGAGAAGGUUGAUAAACCUUCUUCAGUUGUAGAUCAAGUGGGAAACACACAGUCCACACUGGGGGCGGAGACCGGCAAUGAGUCAUUUACACUUGGAAAGGAGUUCCGGAAAGAGGUUGAUGAUACAGACAACACUAACGUAAGAGAUCACUUUUCCAGGACGACUGAGGAUCCCGAAAAAUUUAAACUAGGUUGGGAAGUUGGUGCGGUUAUUAAUGAAAAAGAAGCUGAACAGGGGGUGCUUAGAGAGCUUAAGAAGAAGCUGACCUUAUUCUAUUCGAGCUGGAGGAAAUAUAGGAAGGAAUUAUGGGGCGAGUGUGAUGUAUUGGUGAUAAGCACCCCACCAUUUGGGUCAACCAUGGAUACAUCGCAUCCUUCAAUAUCCUCUAGCUUCUACCGGUGGUUGCUUGGUCAUGAGUUUCCAAACACAACAGCUGUGUUUAUGGAUCACGCAAUUGAUUUUGUUUGUCCAAGUGAAUAUUUCGCCAGACUUCGUUCUCUUGGAACCACAAUAACAAAAGUCGCGAGAGUUUCUGUUUCAAUCAUACAGAAAUUUAAGGCCGAUGCUGAAUUGGAACUGGUGGAUGUGGCCUUAUAUGCUUUGAGAAAACACCAAGUUAGUCAUCAACCAGUUAUUAUUGGGUAUAUUGAUGGAGAAUCUCUGAAGUCAAGGUUCCUUGAUAGUUGUGGCGCAAAACUGGACGAGCAAAGGUUUCAAGCCGUGAAUGUGAUUAGCGCUCUGGUGAAGCUUAUCAAUGAAGAGGAUGAGUCAACAUCGCUUCAAAGACAAUGUUCAGAUACGGCCGAAGUUGAAUUAGAACUAGCUGAAAACUAUAAGCAGAUGUGCUUGUCGAACGACGACAAUGGUAUGCCUGCAAGUUUGAUCUCAAAUGAACUGCAAAAUGAUAAGUUCUUGAAAAAGGACUCCGAACGUAUGCUCGUGAUACAGAAGGGUGAAGAGACUAAGUGGGUACUGGAAGUGGUUGAUAACAAGCUGCCAGCCCAAUUCGCACAGGUUAACAUUUCAGUUGAAGAGAAGUCUGAUGACUUGUUUCCACCCAUUGAAGACAACAAGGAGAGUGAGCUUUUGGUUGAUGAGGGCAAAUCAAGUAAUGCUGAACAAGGGGUACUGCCAGAGAAAGAGCAAGAAUAUUGUGGGUCCAAUGAAGAUGAUGACUGGGAGAUUAUUGAGAAGCAGCAUGACGGACAAGAACCAGUUAUUGCCAACAAUAGUUGCUGGACGAGAUGGAUGGGCAAAGCAUUUAGGUCAGUGGCACAAAACAGAUUGUUCUAAAGCAUCCAGAAUUGAACAUUAUGAGGGGUGUUGCCUACAACUGACUGCAUUAGUUAGAUAUAUUUAUUUAUUGGUAUAUAUAUUAAUAAAUGUGUCCGAUAAAUUCUCUUUCACGAGGCCAAUGCGUAAUAAUUGAGCAGAAAAAUUCUGUAUCAUACUGGUUUACUGUCAAUCUUUGCCGUUAAUAAUUACCGUUUGGUUAGUUUUGGUAAUUUCCAUUUCAGAGACUGAAGGAACUAGGAAGCUAAGUGUUAGCUU